UCUCUUGGACUCUCGCCUCCAUCUCCCGCUCCUCUCUCUCUUUCCUUCUGUCUCUCCGUGUUUCUACAAUUCUCUUCUCGCGCCAACUCACGUGUCUCCACGUGUCUCCCCCCUUGUCUCCUGUCUCCCCCGUAUCUCCACGUCUCCCCUAGUACCCCCCCCCCCCCCAACCCCUUGCGUCUUCUCUAUCUCCACGUGUCUCCUCCGCCUCCCGGUGUCUCUCCGCGUGUCUCCGCUCCGGGCUUUUCCAUCCCCAUUGUGCGUCCAUCCUCUCGUCGCCCUCGUCAGCCCGUCACCUCAUCACCUCACCCCCACCCCCCUCAAUCUCCCCACCACCUCGGCACCAUGUCUCUGAACGUGUGCUUGGGCUCCCUGCUCGUGGUCGUGGCGUCCUGCGCGCUGCUGCUGCGCGCGCUCUCGCUCCUGUGCCGCCUCUGCUGCCCCUCCUCCUCAUCCUCCUCGUCCUCGUUGCUCCGCUGGGCGCUGCUGGCGACGCGCGAGUCGCUGGUGGCCGCGCAGUGGGCCGCGUGCGCCCUGGAGGUGCGCGCCCUGGCGGGCCCCGCCGAGGGCAGCGGGGCCCGCGGGGUGCGCGCCGUUCUCGAGCUCGCCACGGGGGCCGCGGGGGCCCUGGCCGUGGCGCACGCGGGAUCGCACCCCCUCACCCAGGGUCAUCCAGUGCUGGCCCUGGUGUCCACCCUGGACGCAUCCCUCCCGUGUCUCCACCUCGCGGUGCUGCUCGUGGCCCAGGCAGUGGGCGCCCUGGUGGGGCGACUCUGCGUGUUGCGCCUCUGGGCGACACAAUUCUCCUUCCACCACGUCAUCCGCCACAUGCUGGCGCGCGCCGGCGAGUGCGUGGUGACGCCGCCGCCGGCUGUGGUGGUGGCGGCGGUGGUGCCAACCACCACAACCACCACAACCACAGCCGACGGCGGCCACCAGGCGCUGAUUGAAGCCAUGCUCACAGAGGCGGCGCUGUCCAUGGUGCUAGCGCUGGUGGUGUUGAGGCUCGGGGUGCCCUCCUCCACCUCCUCGGCCAAGGCUGGUGGAGCAUCUACCACCGCUACCACCAGCAGCAGCGGUGACGUCGGCACAAUCACAAGCACUAGCAGCAGGAGCAGCAGGAGCAGCAGCGGCAGCGGUAGUGUCGACGUGGUUCCCGUGUCACGCACGCGCGCCCUGCUCGUCGCGGCCUGCGUGGCGACGCUCAGCUGCAUCGUGGAGUCAACGUCUCUGGGCGUCUUGAACCCCGCGGUGGCGCUGGCCCUGAUGUGGGGAUGCUCCACUCCGUCCCCGUCCAGGCUGGGACUCGUCUACCUGCUCGCACCUGUGCUAGGCGCACUCCUCGCCGUGUUCCUCUACCGGGGCCGCGUCCCUCUGCUCUUCUCGCGCCAGCUGCUCUACCGCACCAAGCCGCGUCCCGGCCCUCCGCCCCGGCCAGCACUGCCCGCGGCGCCGGCCGCGACGCAGCUCCGGGCCAGGCCACAGGGAGCAGGCAAGAAGGCGGCGGCGGCGGCACCGGCGGUGACACCGGCGGUGACACCGGCGGUGACGCCGACAGGCAAAGUCGCGUCGCUCAAUGCGGGCAAGCGGGGUAAAGCGCAGUGAGGCGGCGGAAAACGACCUACCCAGCACGAUGCAGCGGGCACACGACCCCACUCGCACCACGACCGCCAAUCGAGGUCCAGGACCGACUAUCGAGUUCUGUCCGCAACCCUGUGUGCUGCUGCGACGACGCAGCGAUCCACCCACCGAGCGCUCCUGCACGCGAUCCCAUUCCGGCGCUCCGUCUCUUGCGGCGGACGCAGCCCCUCUCCGGGCACGUCUCCCCCUACCCCUUGGCUGCCACUCGGUUUGCCGGUGUGAGAAUCGGUGUCGGUCGACGGAUCGUUACGACCGCGGCUUCG